AUGCGUGAUCUUUACUGGUUGGAUCCGCAGAAUCGGACGAUAGACAACAAUAAUUUAUUGUUCAAAAAUCGAAUGACUAUCAUGCACAUGCAUGCCAAAAAAUCUCUUCUCCUUAUGUUCAAAUAUCUGAACGUAGACGAGCGCGGACAGUACACUUGUGUCGGUACACAUCGCAGCGCUGACCAAUAUGCCACAUCAAUCUUUAUCGAAGUAAUCGAACCGAUAUCAUGGGCCCACGCACCAACGGCUCAAAGCCUGAUGAAAGGGAAGAAGGGAAAGAUAAAAUGUCAAGUGGCUGCCGAUCCGUCGCCAAUCGUGAACUGGAUUUUGAAUAAUGAAGCUAUUCGGUCGGGCGAUCGCUAUGGUAUCGAGUCAGAUGGCCUCACCAUCGAUAACGUCCAAGCAUCAGACGCAGGCUCUUACACUUGCCGUGCCAUCGUCCCCCAAACGGGAGAGUUCGCUGAGAGGGUUAUUGAAGUUGGGGUACAAUCCGUCUCAGCCAAAAACGAUUCAUUGAUCUCGCGAACCAUAACCGCGGAGGAGAAAACAUCCGGUAUCACUUGCGGAACAUGCACCAUGCCGCCUCCGAUAUUCACAUUUAUUGAAAAAUCAACGAAGCAAAGUAAAGGCAAUAUCAGAAAUCGGUUCACGGUCGAUGCGCCAACGCUGCAGUAUCUGAUCAGAGGGACAAAAGGAAAAAUCAAAUGUAAGGUGAAUGGUAAUUUUCGGCCAAUCGUCAAUUGGAUCCGGAACAACGAAAUCAUUCCGUCAGGCCACCGCUACUUGGUCGGCAGUGACGGCCUGAUCAUCAGUAACGUUGAGGAUUCUGACGGCGGCCGUUACACGUGCCGUGUGGUUGUUAAUAAUAUCAAACAGCUUUCCGAAAGCGCUAUUACAGUUGAGGUGCAGUCUUCUCCAGUCAUUCAUGGUACAAUGAUUUCGGAAAUUACAGUCAAAGAAAAAGAGUCCAUCAGCAUUCAAUGUAAAGCGUUUGGCAGGCCGCCUCCGAUUUAUUCGUGGAUCAAAGAAUCGGAAGGGCAGAUUGUGAGCGAAGAAAGUGGGCGGCUCAUAGUUAACAAACAAACUGGUGUUUUGACAAUCGACAAUGUUUUGAAAGAGGAUGACGGCGAAUUUCGUUGCCUAGCCACUAACUCCGUUGGUAACGAUGAAAAAAUAGUAAAAAUCAUUGUGAUUCUUAAGACUAUAAAUCACCGGACGGAAGAAGGCAUAAUCAAAGAACCGAUUGCAUCAAAGAACCGAGCGAAAAGAUAUUAUUCAAUAGGGGUUGUCAUUUUAGUCCUAAUUGCAAUUUGUGUUUCUUACUAUAAAUGUUGCUGUAUUAUUAAGAAACAGAUACAUGCAAAAAGAAUUGAUGAAAUGAGGACUAGGAUGAUAUGA